AUGCAAAAAUCCAUUGAUCCAAUGAUCCUCAAGCACGUGAAAACUCACACAACAAUGGACCUCAAAGAAGAUGGACGGCUGGAGAGCCGGAGACAAGCGCGUGCGCUAAGGCAUCCACCCCCACCCUGGUCCUUGCCUGAAAAGCCGGCUGAGCCCACGCCAGUGGGGGUACCUUGUAACCGCUUGCCCCCAGAGGAAAAGGAGAGGCGCCGAAACCACAACCUCUGCUGGUAUUGUGGUGGGGUGGGCCAUUAUGCUGAUGGCUGCCCUGCCAAAAGAAGGACCCUAGCCAUAAGCCUGGAGUCGGCGCACCCUAAACCACUUGUGGGAACAGCCAGUGCCUCCGAUGACCCCCCAGAACCAUUCCUCGUGCCAGUCAAGUUGUGCCUGCCUGAUGGACGUUGGCUAUUCGUGUAUGCCAUGAUAGACUCGGGGGCCUCCCGCUGCUUCAUGGACGCCAAGUUUGCUGCACAACACCAGAUUCCCUUGCGGGCAAAGAAGAAUCCCACUGUUGUUGAGGUCAUCGAUGGGCGGCCCCUGCGUUCUGGGCCAGUGGUUGAGGAAACCCAGGACCUCCUGUUGCAGAUCCAGCGGCACCAGGAGCGGCUCUGUUUUGAUGUGGUGGGCAUUCCCCAGUUUCCGCUGGUCUUGGGACUUUCCUGGUUCUGCCGCCAUGAUCCGAUUGUUCGGUGGGGCCAGUUAGACCUUCAUUUCCGGGAACCAUGCCCACAUGAAAAUCCGUGCCCAAGGCCUAUGGUGGCCGCUGCACUGGAGGUUUCGGCACUGCCAGAGGAAUACGUGGAUCUGAGAGAUGUGUUCGAGGAAAAAGGAGCAGACCAACUCCCCCCUCAUCGGCCAUAUGACUGCACCAUUGACUUGAUUCCCGGUGCCCCUCUGCCGCUUCGGGACUUUCUCACCACCAACCUGCGGCGAGGGUUCAUCUGCCCCUCUACCUCACCUACCUCUGCCCCAGUCCUCUUCGUUAAAAAGAAAAACGGGGAACUCCGGCUGUGUAAUGAUUACCGGGCCCUGAACAAAAUCUCCAUCCGAGACCGGUAUCCGCUGCCUCUGAUCCCUGACCUCUUGGAGCAAGUCAAAGGAGCCCAGAUCUACACCAAGCUGGAUCUCAGGGGAGCCUACAACCUAGUGCGCAUCCGGGAAGGUGAUGAAUGGAAAACCGCCUUCAGUACCAGAUAUGGGCAAUACGAGUAUCUGGUAAUGCCCUUUGGCCUGACUAAUGCACCAGCUGUGUUCCAGAGACUGAUGAACGACAUCUUUCGAGAUAUCCUGGAUCAGUUCGUCAUCGUUUAUCUGGAUGACAUAUUAAUUUAUUCACGUGACGCGUCGCAACAUACUCGGCAUGUGCGCACGGUGCUGCAAAGACUCCGGCAGCAUGGCCUGUUCGCCAAAUUGGAAAAGUGUGCAUUCCACCGGCCUACUGUGGAAUUCCUUGGCCAUGUAUUAUCACCCCACGGAAUCCGAAUGGACCCAGCUAAAGUCGAGGCUGUACAGACUUGGCAAGCCCCCCGUUCUCGGAAGGAUGUACAGCGGUUUCUGGGGUUUGCCAAUUACUACCGGCAAUUCAUCCCCGGUCUCUUGCAUCCACUCCCCACACCCACUGGCCCAUGGAGGACUAUUUCCAUGGAUUUCAUUACAGACCUGCCCUGCUCCAAAGGCCACACCUGCAUCCUAGUGGUGGUGGACUUGUUCACAAAGAUGGCUCAUUUCAUUCCCUGUUCUGGACCCCCCACUGCUCAGGAAACAGCACACCUGUACCUUCAGCAUGUCUUUCGACUCCACGGACGUCCAGAUCAUAUAAUUUCUGAUCGGGGAGUUCAAUUCACCUCUCGGUUCUGGCGGGCCCUGCACUCCCUCCUUGGCACCCAAGUUCACCUAUCCUCAGCACACCACCCCCAAUCUGACGGGCAGACAGAGCGCAUCAAUGCGACCCUGGAGCAGUAUCUGAGAUGCUACACAAACCAUCAACAGGAUGACUGGCUAGCUCUACUGCCUUUGGCCGAGUUUGCAUAUAAUAAUGCAGUGCAUUCCUCCACCCAGCAGACCGUGGUAAGAGAAAAACUUGAGGACUACAUUAGGAACAUAGAUCUGCUCCUACAGAAGUUCAGUAACACAGCAGGCUGUUGGGUGAAUGAGCAACUAAGAGACACCAAGAACUGGAAUGAAGAGUAUGUGGGGGCUUUAACCAAGCUGGUGAGUGAGCGUGUCCAAACACUACAUGAGUGGCUAGAGGUAUAUUCUCAGGAUCUCAGUGCAUGGCUCAACACAAACUUUGGGAGCCUCCACGAAUGCCAUGAUACACAUACCAAAGAUUUUGGCUAUGAAUUGGGUACAGAGAUCCUAGCCCAUGAUGAAUGUUCAGAAGAAUACGUCAACCUAUCAGAUACGUGGCUGGACCAACCUACUGACAUUGCCCUGUAUGAGUGGUUGGGUGAAGCCCUUGUGAACUUCUACCAAGUACUAGAGAUACAUGGCAGCAAUGUAAGCAGUUCACUUGAAGACUAUGCUCGCACUCACAUCCAGCUCUUAGAAGAUCAUGUAGAAAUCCUAGAACAAUUAUGGGACAGCUACACAGCAGCUACUAGCAUGUGGUUGGAAGAACAGGAUACAGCUGAAGAAGCAUCCUUCCAGAAAUAUAUCUGGAAUUUUUUAAAUGCGGGCCCCGAGACAGAAGAGCAGGGAAGUGCAGAAGCAACAGCAAGUUAA